CUCCAGGGCGAGCCGGGGGCGCCGCAGGACAUGCAUCCAGCUCCCGCCCUUGGACCCGCUCUUGGGCCCGCUCGCUCCCCGGCGCUUGACACGGCAGCCGUCUCAGCACCGAUCUCUCGUGCAGCCCGACGGCAGCCCAGCCCAGCCCUGCAAGCCGCCAUGGCAACCGACCUGCUAAAGGCUCUCUGCCUCGCCUCCCUCAAGCAGGAGCAGGCCGUCAAGAUCGAUGCAAAGGCCACCCAGCUCUCGCUGGAUCUGGCCCACAAGGACUUCUCGAGACAUCCAAACCCAAAGGCACGCAGUAUUCUCGUGAGCGAGCUGGACUCACAGGAGCUGAAGCACCAGGACGCCCAAAACGUUUACAAGCAAGCUCUGGACGAGGCCAAGGCCCAGCUAGUGGCGUGCUUGGAUAGUCGCACCAAAACUCGCUAUGAGCCCAUCGCUUUAGAAAUCUCCGACGGAUUGGAUACUACGCUUACCGGAUUCCACGCCGCCAAAACACGACUGCUGGAGUAUCACGACAAGACAGAGGGUCUCAAGCGACGGAAUACGGAUAUACAGGAUCAGGUCGACGAGCGCUUCAAGAGGAUGAAGCAGCUGUCAGAGGAGCUCGACAGCGAUCGGCAGCGAUUCAAGUUGUCGAUUGAAAAAAAUAUCCAGACGUUGAGGCAGAAGCUGAGUCAAUGCGAUCAGGCAGACAAGACCCAUGAUCGCCUCAAGAGCAGGCUUCAUGGGCUGCGACAGCGAAUGGACUCGCAGCUCAAAUGCGGCUCUAUCGCAAACAUGUGCGACAGCAUCGACCAACUCGCUGCUCGGUCCACAACGAUGGAGUCCCAGAGCAAGCAGUGGGUCGCCUCAGCCACCGCAACCCUCGACGAUAUUCUGCACUCGUCGACAGCACUCAAAUCCAAGAUCACGGAACACGCUGCGACCAAGAACGACAUCCUCCAGAUGGUGCAAAAUCGGCUGUCCGGAAGUGGAGGCGUGCAGCUGCUCGAGAACGAGCUCUCACAAGUCAUCCGAGGCUAUGCUGCUCCGAUCAUUAAGGGCUGCUUCGACCAAGUUCCCGCCUUACGAACGAACCCGGAGCACGAGCCUUCUUCACCGACUGUCGAUACACAGCAUGUCGCCGGGAAUGACCCAGAGCCCGCUGACUCGUACCAACCGGCCGAACCAAGCACAGAGAUAGUGGACUUGGACACCCGAGAAGAUGGUGCGCACCCAGAGCGGCCGCCUCAGAGGGCCAAGCGCCACCGCGAUCCGAAUGUGUCGUUCGAUUCGGAUGAAUUUUUCAUGAGAACUUGAUCGGGAUGUCACAAGCAACCCACAUCGCAAGACGAUCAAGCGAGAUGCAGCUCGUGCUCGCGCUCGCUGCAUGAUUUGUGGGCUGCAUGAUAUUGGCUGUGCGAUUGCUUUCUGUCUUGGUUGGCAAUCGAUGUUUUGUUGCGGGUUUGAGAGCCAGAGCUUUGAAUACACCUGUUCGAUAUCCGUGUG